AUGGUUCACGAUAAUCUCCACACAAAAGGUACCGGUCUUAGCGUGGUAUUCAAUGUGGAACCAAACGAUUAUCCAAGCUGGUCUCCCGUGCCUUAUUACGGAGUUAAGGUAUUACUGAGUGACCCAAACGACUACCCAGAAACCACAAUAGACUACAGAUACAUAACCUUUGGAGAAUCAGUGGACAUCAAGGUGGAACCCAUGGUCUUCCAAAGCGACUCCAAUGUCCGAAGAGUGGAACCAGAGAACAGAGGCUGCUGGUUCCAUGAUGAGGUGGUUCUCAGCCAUACCAAUCGGUACAGCUAUGAGACUUGUGUCACGGAAUGCAGAAUGAAGAAUUAUAUGGAUGCCUGCAAAUGUGUGCCGUAUAAAUAUCCCAGAGAGAAGUCGACGCGGAUCUGUGAUUUUGAAGACAUGGCUUGUUUGAACAAUGUAACAGUUCAUAAAUCCAGAAAAGAAAUGGAGUGCUCUCCACUCUGUUACAUGGAGUGUCGCGACAAGAAGUACAGUGUUACCAGCGACUUGACGCCCUUCCUGCCUGCCGACUACCCGCCUGAAGUCACAGCUGGCGUGAAUGUGAGCGAGUUGGCAGCAUUGCAAGUUUACUUCAGCAAAUCAAAUUGUAACUGCUACAAGUUAACGCUUCUCAUUGAUGUCAGUUAUUUUAUUGUCUCUGAUGCAGCUGAAUACCGGUGUUCUAAUGGAGCGACUGCAUAUCUGAACUUCUCAACCCAGUUUGUCACACAAUUGUCAGACUUUCUAACUUCUGAUAUUAUUUCUAACUUCUGUUAA